AUGCGCGCGGACCACGCUUGCGUGCGACCGCCAGACGGCGGCGAGGGGCGGCCGGCCGCGCCCUCUCGCGGGCUCCUCUCGACGCUGUUGCGCGGCGCCGCGGGUUGGGCCGACGGCACCCCGCACGAAGGCGAUCAGCAUCUCGCCGCGGCGCGGAUUUCGAGGGCGCGAGCUGCAGCCGGUCAGGUGGCCGGGCCGGGCGAGCUGUCGCCAGACGACCCGGACGACGACCUCUUUGGGCAGAUCGACGCGCUGGUGGCGGCGCGUCCCGCGUGCAAGACGUUUGUCGGCCAGAUCGCUGCCACCCCUUGGGCCCGCAAGUUCCUCGUCACCCUGUCCGACCACGAAACGGCGAUGCGCGAGGGCGAGUCGACGCCGCCGCACAAGGCAGCCAUACCCGACGCCCUGCGGCGCGCGCGCGAGGGCUCCGCGGUCACCGCAGCCGAGGUUACGGCCGAUACGAGUGGGACGGCGCUGCUCGCCGGGCCGGGCGCCACGGCCACGCUUGGCCUCAGGGAGCUUCGCCAGGCGGCGGCGGCGGCCGAGGCUCGCGAGGCCGAGGCUCGCGUGUGCCGCCGGCGCACGUCGAGGCCCCGGCUGGGGCUGCGGAUGCACGCCAGGGGCGACGGCGGCGGCGGGGCGAGGCCCAACGCGGCAAGCCCUCCACCGCUCGGCCAAGCGGUAUUGGCACUGCACGUUGGGUCGUUCGGGCAGGUCGGAGGAGGCGGCGGCGGAGGCGACGGCGGCGCGGCGGCGCAGCGGCGGUACACCGUCGGCGUACACCAUCGCAACUGGCUCGCCCUCGCCGACGCCUUCGUCAGCGAGGCAUCCCGGCAGGGCGGCCGCUACAAGACUGGCAGGUGCAAGAACCACAAGUGCUGGCGCGAGGCGAUUCGGUUCGUCGCAGUCAGCCAGGAGGGGGCUGGCGCCUUCCUGAAUGCGAUCCCCAUGCGGGAUGAUAUGAAGAUGGAGACGUGGGCGAUGCGCAUGACAGUUCAGCGCCGCCUCGGCCUCCCGCUCGAUGUUGCCUGCCAGGCGGUGGAGGCGGGCAAGAAGGCGCCAAACGGCAAGCCGCACGAAGAACUCGGCGAUGCCGCAAUGGUCAACCCGCGUGCGAAGCACGCGACACGACACAAAUACCUGCUCAAACGACUCGUCAAGACCCUUCGCUCGGCGUGGGGCAUGCUCAUCGAGAUGGAGCCGACUGCACACCUCAGUUACAGUAACCCAAAACAACCUGACGUGGCGGCGGCGAACAUCGGCAAAGGGCAUGUGCGCCUCGUUGGCGACUUGAAACUGACGAGCUCGCUUGCGUGCAAGGGUGGCGAUCGGCUCGGCUGGAAGGGGGCUUUUGUCGCCUUCGGCAACACCGAGCGGGCGCUGCUCGACUUAGUGUUAGGGCAUGCUGCAUGGCCGCGGCCGGGAGGGGGGGGGGAGGGGGGGAGGGAGGCGGAGGAUGCAGAGGCGGAGGCGGCGGCGGCGGAAGAGGAGGAGGGGGAGAGUGAGGGGGAGGCGGAGGCGGGGGCACCUGUGACGGCCCGCUACGAGAAGGGCGAGUACCGGUUCGCGCGGGAGAAGAAUUGCGACCUGCGUUUGCUCGACUUCGAGACGUUCGGCGGCUUCGGGGACGGCGUCCGCAGAAUUCUUCGGCAGGCGGCGGACCAGCUGAGUAACAAACUUUCGCACGCUCAGCACCUCGAUGAGGUCACAUGGACCACCAAGAACUGGCACGGGCUGCAGAUGCAGCGCUUGUCUGUCGUUCUCCACACCGCCGUGGCGUGGCAGAUACCGAGGCGGUGCCCGGUGCCGAGCGCAGGCUGUUAG